AUGGAGUAUCAUCAACCUACCCAAGUGCAACACGAAGAUCGUUCGGUGUUUCGGCCUGAAGUGGAGCGAACAAGAGCAAGACGUGAUCCGGUGCUAAUGAUAAGGAACGGCUCAGAAGACGAAGAGUCAGCAAAAGGCAGUGAAGGUCCACUGACUCCGAAACGUGCUAGGAUUGACGAGGAUGGACUAAUUGCAGAAGCUGUUCUUGUCAACGCUGUUAACAUUGACGAUGAUACGACCUACCAACUAGAAAAUCAAACGUGGAUAUUGAAGCCACGAGGGAAGAUUAAACGCACAAUUGGAUCACGAUGGGUAUUUGCCAAGAAGCGUGAUCAAAAUGGCGAUGUUGCGCGAUACAAGGCACUACUGGUCGCGAAAGGAUUCAAGCAAAAGCAUGGCGUCGACUUUUUGGAGACUUAUUCUCCAGUCGCCAACAUGAAUUCAAUCCGGAUAAUUCUCGCAGUACGCGCCGAAUGUGACUAUCAAAUGGAAUAG